AACAAAAGGCGUAGUGAAAUUCUCUUUGGCUUCCGACGUAACGCUUCAUUCUCAAAUUACUUUCCGACAGAAGUCGCUCUUGCACGUAUCUGCCAUGCGGCACGUAGCGUUCAAAUCUGCGGGGUCUCAUCGUCGGUGUGCUGCUCCUGCAAAGGCUGGCAGCAGCCGUGCUCGUGCGGCAGUGGUGGUUUGCAGCCUCGCACGCGAACAGGUCCUUGGCAGGCGUCAACUCCUGGGCACAGGCGCUGUUGUUCUGGCUGCCGGUACAACUCCGCUCCUGAUUCCUCAGCCCGUUGUCGCGGGUCCGCUGCCACAGGCGCUUGUGCCGGUGGACCAGCUUGGGCUGCUGCAGAAGCAGGCCCAACUCAAAGACUUCCGCUUGCGGGCUGAGGCCGCGAUCAAGGAGGUACUGGGUGCAGCUGAUGCGUCGGCAUGUAUGCGCCUCGUAUUGCACGACGCUGCCACGUAUGAUGCGGCAACUAAGACUGGUGGCCUGGACGGCUCGAUUGUGCUGCCGGAGGAGCUGUCUCGCCCGGAGAACGCUGGGCUGGAUGUGAUUGUGGACAAGCUGGCGCAGGCCAAGGCGAAGAUUGACGCUGGGGGUGCUGAGGACGGCUCCGGACCCAUCAGCUGGGCUGAUCUGAUUGUGCUGGCGGCCAAGGUGACCACCCAGGCACAGUGGGCCUCAAUCAAGCGCUCCCGCGCCCAGAUUGCCAGCGGUGGUGACGUCAUCGCUGGGCCCGCAUUUGGCGCCGCGUGGCCGGUGCGCCUGGGUCGCACGGAUUCCACUGUACCGGGCCCCGCGGGCCGCAUCCCGUCCGCGGACGCGUCCGUGGGUGAUAUCAAGAGCUUUAUGGAGAAGCUUGGUGUGGCGCCAGGCUCCAAUGUGGGCAGCGGUCUCUUCUCCGCCAAGCCGCCGUUCUGGGAGCGUCCCACGCUGGUGUUGUGGACUGCUGCUGCCGCCGACCCGGCGGCUGAGGAGGAGCGCUUCGUUGCACAGGACCCGGCGGCGUUCAAGGGCUAUAAGCAGAACUACGACCGCUCGCGGAAGACAGUUACGCGGACGGACUACGAGGUUGAUUUCAUCGACUACUUCACGCUGCUGACCAACUUGGGAGCCUCUUUCAAGAAGGAUGCUUACUUGCACCCGGAGGCUGUGGUGGCCGUGAAGUUCUAAGCUUCAGUUAGUAGCCAUAGACGGGACGGGUAGAACAAAGCAGGCUCAUGACAGUCGGCGAGCACGAAGAAUUUUGAGGAGCGGAGGGUGAGCAAGUAUUCUUGCUGCCUCACGAGUGAACUUGCGGUGGGACAGUAGAGAGCGAGCGAAGUGGAGUUAUGUCAUAGUUGGAUCCGGGGCUUUCGACCGGUAGCAGCGACGUGCACUUUUUCCUGGGGGUUUGGAUCCAUGACGCUUGCAGUUUUCUUUUUGCUGUCACAUUGUCGUGCGACAUGUGUGCUGGUCCGUCCUGGUUUCCUGGGCGAGCAUUGUUUAAGCUGGUUGGGGUGGCGUUAGGCAGGCUGUUAGUAGAGGCAGUAGAACGAACACCAAGUAACCAGGUGUCAGCUUGCUGUCAUUCCUAGCUUUUAAAUUAGCUACACUAAUAUAUAACAUCGUUUUACAUUUUACAUUGACGAAUGUAAAUCAAUAAUACCUC